GCUGCGACACGACUAAAUCUUCAGUCUGUUGAGAAACUUUUGCGGAUAAAAUCAGUUUUCUUCUCUUGUCCAGUGGUGCUUAAUUUAUGUGUAAAAAAGAAAAGAGAAAGAAACAUUGUUUUUAAUUUGAAUUGUGCCCGUAUACGGAGGUUUCGCUGAAAUAACCGAACAAAAAAAGAAGAUACGGUGCUAAUGUGACCAGGGGUGUAUUCCAGAAAGCAGGUUAUGUGACAUACCUGGCAUCUGUUUCAUAGUGACUCGUGGAUUCGGUGAUCUGCUGAGAAUGCCUUUCUGAGUUCACCGUGAACGCGCACAAACUCUUGGUUGAGUGAACUAACCCCGUGCAGGUGUUCUGGAACCAACAUAAGCAAGUUUUGGGUUAAUCAACCAAGAGUUCAGGGUAUAUGUGACGAAUGAAAUCUGCUUGACGUGCUACUGAAGAUGGAGAUUGUUAAAGAGGAGUUUAAAGAGGAGAGUGAAGACGUCAGUAUUUCAGAACCAUUCAGACUGAAGAAUGAAGAUACUGAGGAUCAAAGAGACCUGAUGAAGCUGAAAGAGGAAAGUCAGGAACUGAAUGAAGUGGAGGAGAAACACAAGUAUAAGAAACCUGAUAAUUUCUUAAGUGGUGAAGAAUCUUUUAUUGACUCACAGACUGAAAAUAAGUUCUCACAGAAAAAAACUCAAAGAACAAAAACAGAACAAAUUUUCACCUGCUCUCAGUGUGGAAAGAGUUUCACACAUAAAAAGAACCUUAAAAGCCAUAUAAGAAUUCACUCUGGAGAGAAGCCUUUCAUAUGUCAGCAGUGUGGCAAGAGUUUCACACAAAAAGUAAACCUUGAUUUACACAUAAAAAUUCACUCUGGAGAGAAGACUUUCAAGUGCCUCCAGUGUGGUAAAAGUUUUGCACGUAUAGGAAGUCUGAAUGAGCACAAGAGAAUUCACACUGGAGAGACCCCAUACACAUGCCUUCAAUGUGGAAAGAGUUUCACACAAAAAGGAAACCUUAAUUUCCAUAUAAAAAUUCACUCUGGAGAGAAGCCUUUUACAUGUCAUCAGUGUGGAAAGAGUUUCAAACAUAAAACAAGCCUCAAAAUUCACAUGAGAAUUCACACUGGAGAGAUGCCUUUCACAUGCCUUCAGUGUGGAAAUAGUUUCAAACAUAAAGCAAGCUUCAACGUUCACAUGAGAAUUCAUACUGGAGAGAAGCCUUACACAUGCCUUCAGUGUGGAAAGAGUUUCAAACAUAAAACAAGCCUAAAAAUUCACAUGAGAAUUCACACCGGAGAGACCCCAUACACAUGCCUUCAGUGUGGGAAGAGUUUCACACAAAAAGGAAACCUUAAUUUCCAUAUAAAAAUUCACUCUGGAGAGAAGCCUUUUACAUGCCUCCAGUGUGGAAAGAGUUUCAAAGAUAAAACAAGCCUCGAAAUUCACAUGAGAAUUCACACUGGUGAGAAGCCUUUCAUAUGCCUUCAGUGUGGGAAGAGUUUCACAAGUAAAUCAAACCUGAGAGCUCAUAUGAAAUGUCUUUCAGGAAAGAAAUAACACCACUGUUCUCACUGUGGCAAGAGUUUUUCACUGCUGUCCAAUUUAAAACAACACCAGGAAAUAUUUACCGGUGUGAAAGCUCAUGUGUGCUCAAAGUGGGGAAUAGCUUUUGUCCUUAUAAGCACUUUGAAACCGCAUCAGAGGAUUAUUGCAGAUGUGUUCACAUUGUGAAAGUAGUUUUACUCACCCAAAACACCUGAUAACACAUGAGAAACUGGAGAGAAGACAUAUGACUGCACUCAAUGUGGGAGGAGUUUCAGCUCACCAAGUACUCUACGGAGACAUUUAAAGUAGAAUUGCCCAAAGUUGUCACAGUGAGAGAACUUUAUCUUCAGAAUCUUGCCCUGCGUUCCAAACUGGAUAUAUCUGCCUCUGAAGGGGAUUUAAAAGGGACAACAAUCUUGACUGCCAUGUUGAAGUGUCAUUCCAAACCGAAGGGCUCAUAAUUAGGUUCUUGGAAGUGCCUUCAACAUGAACGUUUCCGUAGGGUUCAACUGAUGUACACUUCGCUGCCAAGCGGACCAGAACUUGACCAUAUGUCAUAAAUUUGCAGGUGUGCCAAGUGUAAUGUAAAUUCAACCAGCUGCAACUGCAAACACAGUCUAGUUCUUUAUACCAAAACAUGUGGCAUCUCUGAGGUUUAUAAAAGUUUUUAACUAUUGUAAUGAACUUUUUAAAUCAUUUUAAACCCCUGGCUGUUUGAUGAAGCUUACAUUUUUUCGUAAGUCCUAAAAGUCUGAAAGCAAUUAUUUUUGCUUACUGAAAGUAGUUAACAGUGAGGCAAAAUCAUGUGUAAAUAUUUCUGAUUAGCUCCAACUGAUGUUCUUUACCAUCAGCCUUUGUGCAACAGUAACAAUGGCUUCAUUGACUUGGAUAGAUGACAUUAAAGUGCAUUCCGAAUAACCAAUAUUUUGGAACCCUACACCCUUCAAACCUCCAAGUCUUUCACUCUGAAGGGUAAACCGUUCGAAGAGAUAAGGGCAAAGGGGUGAACCCUUCGGAAUGGAACGCACCCUUUAUCAUGUGAAAUUUGUGUAAUUUCCAAAGAUGGACAGUCUUAAAGAGAUUACAAGCAUGAUUUGGUGAUGGAAGCCAACAACUCUUAUAGGAUGGAUGAAAUAAGGAAAAUAGGUUAUUUUGGUCAUACCAAUAUGUCUAUUGUCAGAGAUGUUAUAAGGAUGAGAAAUCUUAAACUUAAUCUUAAAAUCUUAAAUAUUAAUUUCUGAUAGACAUUGUCUGUCUGUUUACUUGAAAAUGUGCAUUAUCUGGACCAAAAGCUGGAAUCGUUUUUUAUUUGUAUUUGUUUAGCAUAAUUUAAGCCAGGGGUAGGACCAUAUGAGGCCCACAGGACCAUUUUACGUGGUCCGCGAGGCCAUUUGAGAAAUAAUUUGAAAAGCAAAAAAAUGGCCUUGAUUCAAUGAACUGUUUAAAAAAAAUUUUUUAAAUGAUUACAAAUUAUUUUAAAUGAUAAUGCAAAAUAUUGUAUAAUUGACAGACCUGUUUGUUUUGUUUUUCUUGGUGUAUGAGCAUGUAACAGAAAGCAUACAUUAAUUUCAAAAUACAAUGAGAAAUUGCAAGCAAUGGUGUGGCCCACGGAUAAUUUCGUAAAUACUCGAAUGGCCCUUAAUGAGAAAAAGGUUCCCCACCCCUGAUUUAAGCUAAAGAAGCACAAGUUAGAAUGCCACUAGUGUUGUUGUUGUUGUUGUUGUUGUUUAGAAUACCAUUGUUGCUAGAUUUUAUUUUUGAAAUAUUUUGUGUAAUCUUUACUAACAGUUUGAAAUUUCAGUCUUUCCCCACUGAUCAGAUUGGAGCUGUACUUGCAUUUAUAGAAAAUAGCUGUCAUGUUGCAUCACAAACAUGGCGGGCCCAGUAGACCUUAUUUUGGCAUCACACAAGCCAAUUUUUCCUCAGAUUUUCAGUCAAAAGCUUCAUUUACAUAAUCACCAGCUAGUAGAAGGGAGACUAAACUUGCAUUAGCAACUGCUAGGAGGAGGUUGUUAAUAUCUUGAUUGACUGUUAAUGGCUUUAUCAACUGGAAAAGCACAUAAUACUUGUUAGAAAAAAUCAUUUAGUUUCUGGGGCAGGCUCUUGUGAUCUAGUCAAGUGACCAAUGAGCUUCUUCUUUUACUGAAGAAUUGACAAGACGUCAUGCUGACCAGAAACGUUUUCAUCUGUGACUGCACUCACAGCCGCAUAUCAUCACAAAUACAAAUUGUAAUCCAAAGUAAUUCUGCCAAGUGUUUCUCCUGGGGUUUUCCUACAAUAAAAGUUCAAAAAUAACUCAGAGAGUGG